AUGGCCAUCUCCACCUCUCAUCUCUUCGUCCUUCUCUCAUUUGCGGUGGUCAUGUCUGCCCCUUCGGCUCUGGCCACCAAUUACACCGUCGGAGAUGAUGCUGGUUGGAGCAUCAAUGUCAACUAUACCGUGUGGGCUCAAGGCAAAAUGUUCAACGUCGGCGAUAUGCUUAUUUUCAAUUACCCACCCGGAGACCACAACGUGUUCAAGGUGAACGGAAGUGAUUUCAAGAGUUGCACGGUACCAAAGGACCAAAAUGCAUUAGCCACCGGAAGCGACGUCAUUGUGCUGGCCAAGCCUGGAAGGAAAUGGUACAUUUGUGGAAAAGAAGGCCACUGUGGACAGGGGCAGAAGCUGGUCAUUGAUGUCAUGGAUAUGGGUCCGGCCAAUUCCCCACUUCCUGGUGGAACUCCCCCGCCUCCCCCAUCUGCCGCCACGAAAGCUGUUGUUUCCGGCCAAUUUGGGUUCGUUGCACUGGUGGUUGCCGUCCUUGGGAUGAUGAUGAUUUAG